AUGAAGUCCCUUCAGAUACUCUUUUUUCUUACCAUGCUAAUGGCUUUGGUCAUUGCCAAUUCAGAAACACCAUUCAAAGAAUCACAAUUCUUCAAAACCCACAAUUCAACUAAAAAUCCUGCAAUCCCAUCUUCUGAAAGUGAAGAAUCAGCUUCUCUCCGUGGCACAAAAGGCCAUAAAUAUGGGCCGGGAGUUAUGACUUGUGAUAAAUACCCUAGAGUUUGCCAUGUCGCCGGCAGCGGAGGGCCUGAUUGUUGCCGGAAGAAAUGUGUGAAUGUGUCAACGGACAGAAACAACUGUGGUAUGUGUGGAAAGAGAUGCAAGUACUCGCAGAUAUGUUGCAAAGGUAAGUGUGUGAACCCUAUGUUUAACAAGCACCAUUGUGGAACAUGUGACAACAAGUGCAACAAAGGGAAUUCCUGCGUUUAUGGUAUGUGCAGCUAUGCGUGA